CGGCGAAGAUGAAGAAUAGAAAAAAAAAAUCUCGCCAAGUGAUGUCGUCGUGUUAAUUUUUUUCCAAAAUAAAUGUUCAAAUUUGCAUUUCAAUUAGAAAAAAUAUCUUCAAAAAAACUACAUAAAACUCUCCCCAAAAUGGAUCCCAACCCAUUUAACAUAAAUUUAAUUCCAUUGUUAUGUGAAUUCUGGUCAAAAAUGUAAUCGUAAAAAAAAACGAAAACUUACGAAGACGAGAAAAAAAAAUAUUUUGCAGGAAAAUUGUGAAGUUCCGACCGAGUUCUGUAGAUUAUAAAUUCCUAGCAAAAUGGUGGUUUCCAAAGACUCCAAAAGAAAGCGCAAGGAGUCCCCGCUCAUUGAAUCGUCACCAGAAAUGCCAAAAAGGACAAAAGUGCAAGCACAAAGAAAAUUUGCUCAAGGACAAAGUGCACCAGCAUCAUCGUACAGUGCUGGAUUGGCUUCAUCUUCAACAGCCGCAGCUGGUGUCAGUACAUCAUUGGGCAAUUCAUCAACUCAAGAAAAUCGUGAACCACCAACAGAAAUUUUGCCCAAUAAAAGGCCAAAAACUGAAGACUUUUUAACAUUCCUUUGCUUUCGUGGAACAUCGGCUUUGCCUGCACAUUUAGAUUUUUUAAAUCAAAACACAUCGCAGGCUCCAAAAGAUGAAUCUCAAGAUACGAAUGAUAAAUCUAACGAAGAUACAGAAUCGUCACCAACGACGAAAACAAACGUUCAAAAAUCUACAAGAUCAUCGUCUACCAAAAAGAAGGACAAAUGUGCAACAGUUGAUGAAAGUUCAACAUCGACCUUAAGCGUAAAGAAAACUGAAACCAAAAAAUCUACAACAAAGAAAAAUGAAGAAACAAAAGAUGAAAAGGUUAUGGCUUUUGCGGUCAGAAAGAGGGCAGAACAAUUACCCGAUGGUAAUCGUCGCGGGAGACCACCAAAGGAUAAGCUCAAUAAAUCCAAUGACGGGAAUCGACGUUCCGUCAGAAAUAGAGAUAACAUCAAGUCUUUUGCUGAGCUAGAAGACAAUGAAUCUGAAACAAAUGAUAUAGAAACAGGCUCUGUAGGCAGUGUGACUAAAUCGGACAAAACACCCCAACAGAAGGGAAAACGAGGAAAGCCCUCAAACUCAGCUAAGAAGAAACUGGAAACAAGUGCAACGUCUGUUUCACGUGAAGCUCAAGGCCCACCGAUUGAAAAACCAGGUCCAGAAGAACCGGUCUCACAAACAAAACCAACACCCAAAGAAAAACCGGUUAUAAAGAGACCGCGCCAAAAAGAAGCUCCCAUAUUUGUCCCAUCACCAGAGCCAACCGGGGGAGGGAGAAUGACACGCCAACGGGCAUUUUUUGAGCCAGUAAAAGUUAUACGUCAUGAAGAAAAGGAAGACAAUGAAGAAAAGGAAAAGAAGGAGGAAAAGGAAAAAACUGAAGAAAAGGAAGAAGUGCAAAAGAAAAAGGAGCCAGAGAAAACCAAAAUCAAAGAUCCUACUCCGCCACCGCAACCAGAACCAGUGUCUAAUAAGCACGACGAAGAAGACGUUGUCCCAAAUAGGGACGUUUUUGAUUUUUCUUCAGAAGACGAACAGCCACUGGCAAAAGCUAUCAAACUUAAAAAUGCAAAAGCGGUCCAUGGAAAAAAGUCAUCACCAAAAAAACAACCGAAACAAGCUGCCCAAGCUAAAGAUGUCUCUCAAAAUAAAGAAGAAAACUCUCAAAAGCCUAAACCAGUCGAAAAUGCAAAAGACAAAGUAAUUGUAAAAUCAGAUAAAGUAGAAGAAACCAAUAAUAUUACAACUGAGCCAGAAGAAGACACAAAAGUUCUACCCGAAAAGAUAAAAAAGCCACCUGGUCGAAAGCCCAAAAAGAAGAUAAUUGAAGAACCAAGUAUUGUGUCCGAAAAAGAUUCGAAAGCCUCGAACGAACAAAAUAAACAGCAAAAACAGGAUAGUGAAAAUGAUUUAAAGUUAUUGCAGCCGACAACAGCAGCAGCUGCCACUAGGCAAAAGAAAAAGCCAACACCAGAAAUUCCGGAAGUCGCUGAACCUGAAGUUCGAAGCGCACGACCAUCAAGGAAGACUAAAGAAGCUGCAACAAUCUAUAUGGGGAUUAUUGGACAAAAAUUGCAACUAGAUGAGUUCGAUGACGACGAAUUGUCAUUAAGCAGCUUUCCCGAUCUGCCUAAUGUCAAAGAAAUGGAAAAAAUGGAAACAGAAUUAAAAAAGAACGUCGAUCAGAAUAAACUCCUACAAAAACAGGCAAAUUAUGUAGUUGACAAGUCUGAAGAGAAACCAACUUCGCCAAUAAAAAAGGACACUGAAAAGCCUGCGGCAAAAAGGGGUCGCCCGCCAAAAGGCGCCGCUGCCAAAGCAGCAGCAGUAGCUGCUGCGAAACAAAAACUUACAAAACCUCUUCAAAUAGAGGGAAUGCUUCGUAAAAGGGAAGAACCAAAACCACAACCUCCAGAUACUGACAAAGACGAUGAAGAUGAAGACUUCCUACUUAAUGAAGAGGUCAACGAGACUAAGAGAAAACUCGAAAAAAGCUUCAGUGAUUCAGAUGACGAACCACUGGCUAUCAAAUUAACAAAGGGUUCCGAUGAUUAUUCAAAAAAAUCCGAUAACCCUCCAAUAGUAAGGAUGCCAAGCAUGACAUCCAUUGAAGAACGAGCUAAAGAGCCAAGACCGGCUCCAAAAAUGUUGAAUCUUUUACCAAUAACAGCCCCAGCACCUACGUUACAAUGCAAUGUACCAACUUCAUCGACUCAUCUUAAUUCCAGUCCACUCAAAAUAGAUGACAAACCAAAAAUGCCAACUCCUCUACCCACUCCAGUUCCAGCAUUUAUUCCACGACAACCCACACUAAAAACUCCUCCAGCUCAGACUACAAUUCCCCCAAUUCAACCAACCAUUAAAUACCAAACACCUCCAACAACAUAUCCACCCCCAAUUGAAGCAUAUCCGUCUCCAAAAAUAAAUCCUAACUUUCUAACCCCAAAGUUCGAUCGGAAUAUAGAUAGGCGUAUAGUUUGUUUAGACGGUUCUUCUUCGCUGUCAACAAUGCAAAGACCAAGUACCAGUUUUCCAUCGCCGUCUCCAGUUAAGUACGAUAUGUCGACUCCGAAAACGCCUAGCACUUCGAAUGCCAAGCUUCCUAUGGUGCCAUCAACAACAUCGUCAAAUGCUCAGCCGUCAUCUGAUCCACUUAAGGAUGAAAUUGGAAGUAUUCUUGCUGCAAAUCUGAUGCCAAGCAAAGAGGAAUCAGGUAAAAUAUUUGGAAUCGCCAGUGUGAGUUUGGCUCAAAGUUCUGGGCCGGACAACACAAAGUGUACCUUAGGUAAAUGUGGUUCAAUCCAUAAGCCCGUACUUGGUCCAGUUGUUCCAACUGAAUCAUAUCUAGGCGAACAGCUUUCGAGCAAAGAAAGGCGAAAAGCCAAAGUAAACAUGACACACGAACAAAUUCAAAAGUGGUUGAUAGAAUGUUCUUCAAAUCCGGAUGAGAUUCAGGAUGACUUGGAUGAUGAUUUUGAUGAUAAUCUCCGUCCAAACAUGUUUGCAACAACACCUCCGCCAACAAGAGAUGACAAAGAGAGCACUUCAUUUAGUUCCUCUUCGAAAACCACAAGAGAUUUGGGUAAAAGUGAAAGUGCCUGGUCAGGCAAAGGUCCUUCUUUAAAAGCUACACCUGUUGUAGUACCCAAAGAUGACCAAAGACCCGAAGAAUGUUCUUUCUCCUCAGAUGCAGGAAACAAAGACUUGAAAGAAAGUCCCAAAGACUACCAGGUGCAAAAGAACACAGUUAUGAGUAAGAAAAACGAUACGAUCACAAAAUCUAAAGAGAAAAUGAAAAUGGACAAAGCUAAGCAAGAAAAAGAAACCAAGAAGGUUCAGGAUAAAGUCUCCAAAGAAGGUCCUGGUCCCCAGAAGGGUGUCAAACAGCCGAACUCUGCAAAUCAACCAGCUACAGCUACUUCUUCUCCGCGACAGCAGAAAAAAACAGAAGAUAAUAAGAAAACACCAGCAGUUAACUCGCCUUCAACCAAAGGCAGCACGCCAGCCACAUCAAAUGCAGCGAAAACUCCAAAACGCACAACAGUUUAUAACUCAAAACUAAAGGAGACCACAACAACAAGUCAUAAGAAGAAAACCCCAUUUUCCUAUACAUUCGGUGCAUUUUCGGCAGAUAACGAAAAAAGUAUUUAUUCAUUUGACAAAGAGGACGACAACGAUGCGAAGCUUCCUUUGUCCAAACCAUUCCGACGGCAAAGUCGUCGCGAAUCUCAUACUGAAGAUUCCAAUCAACCUGAUCAAGUCGUAUUGCAAAAAAAUACCACCGUCGCCGUUGAGAAAAAGAAUGAAAAUAAAUCACAAGUCAAUGUUCCUGCAGCACAGGCUGCAGAAAAAACAAAAUCCACAAAAGGUAGCCCAGAAAAAAGCAAACAAAACGCAGAAGCUGCCGAUAAAAGUGGCGAUGCUAAUGUGGGUGAUUCUGAUUCAGACGUUCAUACGUUCUACAUACCCCUUCAAGGAGCUGGAGCAAGUGGUGAAGGCAAACCAGACAUGAUCCAAGGAGUAGCAGUUAAACUAGGACGAGAAGGUCCCGAAGGACCCAAUCAGAAGGUUGUGAUGCAUGCGACUCUAGUCACGAAAUCACAAAUGGGAUCGAAUUCAAAACCACUUCCUGAUUCAAUGAAUGUCUCAGAAAUUGUGAAAAACCUUUUAAGCUCAAACACUUUGCAAGCAAAUAACAAAGAUUCAAGUAUAGUAGCGCCAAUUACGCCACCUACUCCAUUCGCCCCAGCGGCGAUUAGUUCCGCUUCUGUUGCUGCUGCGCCGCAACAAACUGCGGCAGCAAAUGCAACGGCUGGAACAUCAGUUGGAAGCUCAAAGAGUGUGCCUGUCGGAACUGUUCAGCCCAGAUUUAAGUCAAAUGAAUCGGGUGCAGCACAGCCGAAUCAUGCAUCCGGCUCGGGUGCUUUAACCCGCGUCAAUUCAAAUUCAUCACUUUUCUCCGGUUCUAAUAAAUCACGUGGCCAAUCAAGCAAAAAGGUCAAAGACGAACCCCCAAUAAAAAUGUGCAAUAAUACAGCUUUUCCUCGUCAUGAUGAUCCAACGCAAAUGGUUGAAGCCCCAAUAUUCCGGCCAACGGAAAAAGAAUUUUUAGAUCCGAUGGAAUUCAUCGAUAGAAUAACGCCGAUAGCAGCACGAUUUGGCAUUUGCAAAAUUAUACCACCUGCUAGCUUCAAGCCAGAGUGUAGAGUAUCGGAUGACAUGCGUUUUACGGCGUACAAUCAGUACGUCCACAAGAUGCUUCACAGAUGGGGUCCAAGUACGAAGGAACUGAGUGCAAUUAAGAAAUAUUUAGCAACACAAAGUGUUGUUAUGAAUCACCCGCCAUGGAUCGGAGGAAUGGAAGUUGAUCUACCAAGACUUUAUCAUACCGUUCAAGAGUUGGGAGGCCUUAAAGAGGUUAUUGAGAAGAAAAAAUGGACUCGAGUGGCUGAAGAAAUGUGCAUUCCUAAGUUAGCGCAGGAUCGCGUAACAAAGCUCGAUGACAUAUAUUGCAGGUAUCUCUUACCGUAUGAUACAUUGUCACCAAGUGAACGUCAAAAGCUUUUCGAUGAGGUGGAAGCUGAUUGGGCGAAGCGCGAAGCAAGAGCUAGACGAAAUGCCGACCGGUUUGUUAACACUGAGAGUGUGAGUAAUGAAGAUGACGAAGUUUCGAGCGAAGACGAUGAAGAGUCGGAAGAAGAAGUUGACGGCGUAUCCAUGGAGUGCAUAGUCAAAGGCCGAAGUAUGCCUUUGAGUCAAUUCUUCCGAAUAGCUCGAAAUACCAUGUCUUUGUGGUUUAAAAAUUCAGAGCCUUCUGUGACCGAAGUGGAAGCAGAAUUCUGGCGCCAUGUUGCUGUUCGAGAUAGCCACGUGUGUGUCCAUUCGGGAUCGAUUGAUUCCAGUGGCUGGGGGUAUGGUUUUCCUUCUCCUGGACCAAAAGGCAAAGGAUCUGUGUGUGCUCGUCAUCCAUGGAAUCUUAAAGUGUUAACCAAUAAUGCUGGAUCAGUACUACGUUCGUUGGGUCCGGUGAUGGGAGUUACUGUUCCAACACUUCACGUUGGCAUGCUGUUUAGUGCGUGCUGUUGGUAUCGUGAUCCACACGGAUUAUCAUGGAUUGAGUAUUUGCACACUGGUGCGAGUAAACUGUGGUACGGGAUUCCCGAUGAUCAAAGUGCAAACUUCCGAUCGGCCCUAACUUCACUCAUCCCAACUCACAUUCAAAACAAAACAAUCUGGCUGCCCUGCGACACAGUGAUGGUGCCGCCACAUAUGUUAACUGAUCGCGGGGUGUCCUUGUGCCGUAUAGAACAAAAACCAGGAGAGUACGUUGUCAUAUUCCCAAGGGCCUACACUUCAAGUGUAUCAACUGGAUAUGUUGUAUCGGAAAGUGUCUACUUUGCUACUAGUUCUUGGCUAGAAUUAGGAAAAGAUGAUUUUCGAGAUAUCCACGAUAGCUGUGAGCCGGCAAUGUUUUCAUUGGAACAGCUGUUGUUUGCAUUGGCAUCUGACCAACGUGUUACGGCUGAUGUACUUUCGCAAAUGUUGCCUAUGAUAAACGAGGUGUUUGAAAAAGAAGUUGCCGCUAGGGAGCAGCUAAAGGCUGCUGGUGUUACAUCAACAGAAAAGAUCCCAGCAGAAAAAACUACGAAAUCCAGAAAGCAGCCCAUCGCAUCCAUUCAACAUGAAUGCGACUUAUGUCGAGCAAAUUUGUAUAUAUCCAUGGUGAAAACAGACGAAGGAAACAUCUAUUGUCUACAACAUGCCCUCAAAAAUCUUAACAAAGGAAACAUUCAAGCCAAACAAUGUAAACUCAUAUUCAGCUACAAUAUUGAAGACAUUGAGAAUCUUAUCAAAACUCUAAAGGAUCGACUUGUACAAAAGCGAACCGCUGCUAAUAAGAAAUCCAAGUAGUAUUUAGGGACUCGAAGGCGAGUCAGAAAAAAACUCUAUUGAGAUCGCAGCACACGGCAAUAUAUGACCUCGUGCAAUGUAAAUAUAACAAACAAAAAAAAAAAACAUAAUGAUGUACUAGUUGGUAAUAAUUACUAAAUCUGUUGGAUCACAUAACAAAAGAAGUAAGAAUACCGUUUAUUUUUCUAUUUGACUUGUAGAUGUCUCUUAGUAUUAAGUUAUUGUUGUUGUUUGUAUAUAAUAAUUUUAAUUUAUAAAAUCCUAGUAAAAAAAAAAGAAAACAAAAAAGCAUUUGUUUAAAAUUGAAAUUACAUAUUGUCAAGAUGCUUAGUCAUGUUUGUCUGUAAAUUAUAAACUAGGUGCGCAAAAAAAACGUAACUUUACAUUCAAAUCUAAUAAUAAAACCUAUAAAAACAAUAGAAAAAAAAAACAAAAGAAGAGUAUAAAAUACCAGUAAGAUUGUUAAAGUAGCACUUUCAGUAAAAACAUUUAAAAAUAUACAUAUAUAAAUACACUUGAUUCGUGUAUAAUAGUUUUUAAGAUAACAAACAAAACAAAAAAUAACAAGAAAAUAUUUUAAUUUCAAAAUUAAAAACAAGAAAAACAAUUUUUUUAUUAAAAUUAUGAGAUAAGUAUGGAUAUUAAUAACUAUUGAUUAAUUAUAUAAUAUAUAUAAUAACGUAUACAUAUAUUCAAUAUAAUUGUGUGUUAAGUAUAAAUUGAGUUAUACAUAGCAAUACUAAAAAAAAAAUGUGGAUGCUCUCAAUAUGAAAUUUGAGUAAUUAUAUUUGCUCAUAUGGCGAUGGCGCACCGCUUGUAGAUCGUAAUGUAUACUAUAUAUUAUUGUUUUAUGUUUACAUAAUUUUAUUUUAUAUAAUACUUUUUUGUGAUUUGUGUAAUUUUCCUUAUUAAGAUGAAAAGUCGUGUUUAUUUGUAUUUCUUUUAUUUUUUCUGUUAUUCUAUUUUUAUUCAUGAAUAUAUUUUUUUUUUCAUAGAAAUGUAGGAAUUAUUCAACAAAGUUCUGUGUAUUAACUUGAAUAUUGAAAUAAAUAUUUGAUGUAUGUAUGGCUAUAUGUACAUUAUAUACACUUUAAUGUAA